AUGGACAACGCCGCCUUCCUGGACAAGCUCAUGGCCCCCGACAGCGAGGGGCGGGCGCCGGCACAGCGUGACAAGUACGCGGCGGCGCUCGCGAACUGCGACCUGAUGGCGACCGCGCGAGCGGCUGCGCAGGACCCGUCGGCAAAGGACGCGUGGGGGGCGCUCAAGGCGGCAAAGAUGUCGAAGGAGUGGCAGGAGCGUGCGCGCACCACGCUGGCCAGGCUCGAGCGCGGCGAGGGCGUGUGGCGCGCGGCGAGGGUGGCGGCGGAGGAGGCGUCCGCCGAGAUUGCCUCCGCAGAGGCGGCGAGGGUGGCGGCGGAGGAGGCGGUUUUGGCGCGUGCGGCGGAGGAGGAGGCGGCGGCGGCGGACGAGGCGGCGGCAGAGGCGGUACUCGCCGCAGUCAAGGCGAGGCGUUUAGCUACAGCGGCUGCGAAGGUCAAGGCGCAGGAGUUGGCGGCGGCAACGGCGGUGGCGGCGGCCAAGGCGAGUGCGGAGGCCGGGGAGACCGCGGCCGAUGCUGGCGCCGCCGAAGACGCCGCCGCAGACACGGGUGCAGACGCGGGUGUGGACGAGGGUGCUGCCGCCGAGGGUGCUGCCGCCGCCGCAGACGAGGGCGUGGCGACAUCGUUUGCGCAGCUCCGGCGUCGGGCCGAGGAGGAGGGGGCGGCAGCAGCUGGGGCGGCGGACCGGCCGCCGACGCAUGGCGCCAGCAGCAGCGAGCCCGUGCCGGCUGCCGCGCCAGCAGAAGCUUUGGUCGCGCCCGCCAUGGAGGACAGCGACUCGGACCGCACAGAGGACGAGGCGGCAGCGGAGGACGAGGCGCCGGCUGGUGGGCUCGCUGAGAGGACGGAGGCAUUGGACGGCGAAGCAAACAGCGACGCCACCGCGCCCAACAGCGACAGCGACGCGACGGCCCCCAACACCGACGACGAGGAGUGA